UUGUUUAACAUCAUUAACCAAAAAUGCCAACAAUUAAGGAAAAAGAAAAUGAAUGUAAGCAACUUCAACUCUCUCUCCCUUUAGAUUUUUGGAUGGGUAUUUUCCCCAUAAACCUUUACCAAGGCUUUUGGUGCCCACUUCUUGAGCCCACAAUUUCAUUCCAAACCCAUUUUCAAGCUCAUGACUCAGAUAUUAUCUUAGCUAGCUUGCCUAAAACUGGUACCACAUGGUUAAAAUCUCUCCUCUUUGCUAUUAUACAUCGUAAAAAAUUUCUCGAUAUUUCUAAACACCCACUUCAAACGCAAAAUGCUCACGAACUUGUACUUCAAUUAGAAGCCAAAGUUUACAACAAAAUUAGUGAUAACCAACCUGAUUUUACCAAAUUACCCUCGCCUCGUCUCUUUGCCACCCAUACACCUUAUUUGUCAUUACCAAAAUCAAUGAAAACCUCCAAAUGUCGCAUUAUUUACGUAAGUCGAAAUCCUUUUGACACUUUUGUAUCAUCAUGGCAUUUUUAUCGUCAACUUAAGGUAAAUACAGGUUUAAAGCAUUUUUACAAUGAGUUGAAUGUAAAUAUGGGAUUGAAACAUUUUUACCGUCAGUUAAAGGUAAUUACGGGUUUUAAGCAUUUUUAUCGCCAGUUUAAGGUAAAUAUGAUAGAAGAGGAUUUCGGUAAAUUUUGUGAGGGGAAAUUCCCAUAUGGCCCUUAUGAGGAUCAUGUGCUUGGUUAUUGGAAAGAGAGCAUGCAAAAUAAAGAGAAGGUGUUGUUCAUGGAAUAUGAAGGAUUAAAGGAAGAUCCAAAAACCCAUGUGAAAAAGCUUGCGGAAUUUGUUGGUUGUCCGUUUUCAGAAGAGGAAGAAAAAGGAAGUACCAUUGAUGAGAUAAUUAAACUUUGCAGUCUUGAGAGUUUGAAAGAAAUGGAAGUGAAUAAAAGUGGUAACUUUUAUGGAUUUUUUGAGAACAAAACUUUGUUUAGGAAAGGGGAAGUAGGUGACUGGACUAAUUAUUUAACCCCUUCAAUGGUUAAACGAUUUGAUGAAAUAUUUCAAGAGAAACUUAAAGGGUCUGGUUUUACUUAUAGACAAUAUCGACCUUCUUCAUAAGCUCCAAAGUAUGCCGAGUGAGAAAUUUCUUUAAUUAUUUACUUAGGAUCCGUUCGGUAUUAAUGUGGUAGACUGUUUUUUGGUUUUUUUAAUUUUAAAAGUCAUAUAAUAUAUGUAUUAUAAUGAAUAAAAAAUUAAUCAAAUGUAUUGGGAACAUGAUGAUUUUGAAAACUGACAACUAAAAAGUGAAAACCACUUUUUUUGGUUUUCUGUUUUUGGUUUUUAGUUCUCAAAAAAACUGAAAACUAAAAACAAAAAAGGUAACGAACGGACCCUUAGUUUUUAAUGUUGUUUGUGUAAUUGCAUUUGUGAUGAUGUAAUUCAUCGAUAGAGUUCCUGCAAUUUAUAAAUAAUACUCUCUCAAUUCCAAAUAUA